UAGUGAUAUUCGGUAUUUAUUGGAAAGAAAUUAGCUAAAUUUUUCUAUUAGCAUAUUCGACUGGACUUGGGUUCACUUGGGUUAACCCAUGCUGGGUUAAAUAAACCCAGCUUAUUGGUCGAACAUGUACUAUAUAGUAUAGUAUAGUAUACGUUCGACUAAUAAGGCCCAGUUCCACAACUUGCUUUAAAUGGAGUUUAAAGCUAAACCGAUGGUUAAAAGCAAUAGUAUAUACGCAUAUACUUUAUGGUUAAAACUGCUUUUAACCAUCGGUUUAGCUUUAAACUCCGCUUAAAGCAAGUUGUGGAACUGGGCCUAAGUUGAGUUUAUGUAACCCAGCAUGGAUUAACCCAGGUCCAGUCGAAUACGCUGUAUGUCUGUACUAAUUUUAGUUCUACACACUUCUUAUCUAGAAUAUCCAGAGACACUUUUGAGUUUGUACUCUUGAUAAUUGCCCCAAAACUUAAGAGAAAGUAUCCAGGGUUAGGAAUGAUCUCCCCAGAGAAACAGUUUUUUAUUGCUAUUUGGCGAAUGGCUACACCAGAUUCUUAUAGAUCAAUAUGUGAAAAGUUUGAUGUGAGUCGAUCAACAGCCUUAUUAACACGUCGAGUUACCAAGAUACUUGCAGAUUUAGCACCAGUAUUAAUUAAAUGGCCAACAGGCAAUGCUAUCCAAGAAGUUUGGACAGGAUUUGAAGUAAUUAGUUCCUUCCCUAAAGUCAUAGGAGCUAUCGAUGGUACUCACAUCAAUAUCCCAUCUUCACAUAUACAUCCAGAAGCCUAUGUUAAUCGGAAAGGUCACCGUUCCAUUCAGCUAAGGGAUCUGUGAUCACAAAGCUCGUUUCACGCACUGCUAUAUUGGACAUGCAGGUUCUGUGCAUGAUCAACGCGUUUUUCGUCAGUCAGAAAUUCAAGAUGCAUUGGGUAACCCAGAAAAAUUUUCUGAUGAUUCCCAUUUACUUGGUGAUGCU